UGGGAAGUUUGCUUUUACUCCUCCCUCUCAUACACUCUCCUCCUCCCACCAAUUCUUUUUCGCUCUUAAAUCAAAGGUACCUCAGUCUUUCUUUUCUCCCAGGACCGGAUAGUUCCAGGCCAUCAGCCCAGUCGUUCACCCCAGGAAUCCUUCAGGUAGAGAUCAGUCGAGAUGGAGAAAGGUUAUCCCGGGGAUGGUACUUCCGCCCCUCACCCAGAACCUCCCAUGAACUAUGGGGGGAUAGCCACGGGCCAGGGCCCCCAGCCAGGCUUGUACCCCCAGCCCCCAGGCGGAUACCCUGCCUCCCCUGGUCCUCCACAACCAGGGUUCCAGCCUGGUCCCUACCAGGGAGGUCCCCAAGCAGGUGUGUACACACCUCCACCACAGUACACCUCUGGACCAGGUGGACCGGUGCCAGUCGUGACCCAGGUAAUAAUGACUCCUAGCCUGAUGGAGGUCGGAGGUUCGACCAUGUGUCCCCACUGCCAGCAGCACGUGGUCACCAAGACAGAGACCAAUGCUGGCCUGCUCACCUGGCUCAUCUGUGGUGGCCUCUUCAUUGUUGGGUGCUGGCCAUGCUGCGCCAUCCCUUUCUGUGUAGACUCAUGUAAAGACGUGAAUCACAGCUGUCCCAACUGCAACAAUAUCAUCUACGUCUACAAACGCAUUUGAUAUUAAUUUGACUGUACUACCUUUAUCUGAAGGACUGGGACAUGGCACUUCAAUCAAAUCAACAUUUCUGUAAAUGUAUGAGGUUCGUAUUCACUAGGGCAUAUGAUGUUGGAAAAUGUUUUACAACGAAGAAACAAAAACUAAUUCUUAUUGGACAAGUCCAGAUAGUCCCUCCCUUUUUCAGUCCAUUUUCUUCCAUUUGGUGCCUAAUGAAUACAACCCAGGGGUAGCCAAAAGGGUUAUGUCUAUCCUAUAUAGUCCCUGAGCAGGUGGUGAGCUUCCCUCAGCUCCACAAAAUACUACAUAAUAUAUGCCAUUUAGCAGAUGCUUUUAUCCAUUUUUGUAUGGGUUGUCCUAGUGGAAAUUCAAACCCACAAGUGCCAAGCUCCAUCAGGUCCCUGGCCAGACUUGACCCUUGUAGUGACUACCAAAGAGAAUCCUGAUACCAAAGACUGGUAGUAGCUGCGCUAUAGUUGUUUCACUGUAGUUCUGUCACUUCGUCUGAAGUCCAUGAAAGUAAAGGAACUUCUAAACCACUCUACUUAUUGUAAUAUUGUUACAUUGAGAUGUAUUUAUCACCAUCACUUCUUAUUGUAUUAUUGUUACAUUGAGAUGUAUAUAUCACCAUCACUUCUUAUUGUAAUAUUGUUACAUUGAGAUGUAUAUAUCACCAUCACUUCUUAUUGUAUUAUUGUUACAUUGAGAUGUAUUUAUCACCAUCACUUCUUAUUGUAUUAUUGUUACAUUGAGAUGUAUAUAUCACCAUCAUACUUCUUAUUGUAAUAUUGUUACAUUGAGAUGUAUAUAUCACCAUCAUACUUCUUAUUGUAAUAUUAUUACAUUGAGAUGUAUAUAUCACCAUCAUACUUCUUAUUGUAAUAUUGUUACAUUGAGAUGUAUAUAUCACCAUCACUUCUUAUUGUAUUAUUGUUACAUUGAGAUGUAUUUAUCACCAUCACUUCUUAUUGUAUUAUUGUUACAUUGAGAUGUAUAUAUCACCAUCAUACUUCUUAUUGUAAUAUUGUUACAUUGAGAUGUAUAUAUCACCAUCAUACUUCUUAUUGUAAUAUUGUUACAUUGAGAUGUAUUUAUCACCAUCACUUCUUAUUGUAAUAUUGUUACAUUGAGAUGUAUAUAUCACCAUCACUUCUUAUUGUAAUAUUGUUACAUUGAGAUGUAUAUAUCACCAUCACUUCUUAUUGUAAUAUUGUUACAUUGAGAUGUAUAUAUCACCAUCACUUCUUAUUGUAAUAUUGUUACAUUGAGAUGUAUAUAUCACCAUCACUUCUUAUUGUAAUAUUGUUACAUUGAGAUGUAUAUAUCACCAUCACUUCUUAUUGUAAUAUUGUUACAUUGAGAUGUUUUAUUACACUCUUGCAGUCGUUUCCUUACUGAUCCUGUUCUCUUUUUUUCCUCUGAACGUUCUACUACUCAUUUGUCAUAAAAGACCAUUGUCAAUAAUUACAAUGGAUCUUAUGGUUGUCUUUUCACUUCCUGUCUAGUUGCUCUGUAAAGCUCUGAUUAAAGUUGUCUGUAUUGAA